AUGAAGAGGGCUCUUGGUGGCAAAAUGAAGAUUGAGUUCAUUGAUGGAUCUCUUCCUGUUCCAACUGAUUCUUUCGAUCCAUCUCUGUGUGCUUGGAACCGCUGCAACAUGCUUCUACAUUCUUGGAUCAUGAAUUCUGUUUCAGAUUCAAUUUCACAGUCUAUAGUUUUCAUGGAGAACGCACUUGAUGUAUGGAACAAUUUGAAAGAACGGUUUUCCCAGGGUGAUCUCAUACAAAUUUCUGAGCUGCAACAAGAAAUUUACAACCUAAAGCAAGAAACCAAAUCAGUAACUGAUUUUUUCUCUGAUCUUAAAAUUCUUUGGGAAGAACUGGAUCUGUAUUUGCCUUUACCAACUUUGAAGUCCCAAAUCUUGUUAAUGGAUCCUUUGCCAACUAUGAAUAAGAUAUUUUCCAUGGUUAUUCAACAUGAGCGACAACUCCAGCUUCCUAUUCCAAAUGAUGAGUCUCAAACACUGAUUAAUGUUGCUGAUUCCAAGAGGUUUGGAGCAAGAAAUAAUGCUUUUAAGCAUGGUGUUCGCAUUUGCACAUUAUGUGGCAAGACUAACCAUACUGUUGAAAAUUGCUUCAAGAAACAUGGUGUUCCACCUCAUAUGCAGAAACAGUUUCAGAAUUCAGCUAACAAUGUAGCAUCAGAUGGAAAUAAUGAUGGAUCUUCAUCUCAUGGUGCUGACAUUCAAAGUGACAAUUCACCUAUGACUCAAGGUCAAUUCAGUGCCUUAAUGGAUCUACUUCAUAAAUCAAGUCUUGGCCAAUCUUCAAGACAUGCUUCUUCCAACUAA